AUGGCGGUGGACCUCGAGCUGUUGGCAGCAGAGGACGCCGACUUCCUGCUGGACGACUCGACCGCAAGCGACGCGCAGGCGCGCGGCGAGCCAGACGACGCCAUGGCGGGCGUCUGGGGCGACCUGGAGGCGCAGGGCGGCGGAGGGGCCCAGGCCGCCGCCGCCUGGUGGGACCUGACGCUCACUGAGGCCAGCGCAGCGGACAAGAAGCCGAACGAAGGCCUGGGCCCCGUGGAUCUGCUGCUGACCGAGCAGGAGGCAGCGCUCGCGGCCUUCGUGGAGCCGUCGCGCGCGAGAGAGACCAUCUCGCCCGUGGCCAUCGAGGCGAAGCAGACGCGCACUAAACUGGAAGCCAACGUUAUGAGCAAUGCGCUCGCCACCGCUGCCAGACAAGUUGAAGUGUCGGAUGAUUCGCAAACGGAGUCGGAGGCUAACGUCAUCGCUCCCACGGCCUCAGCAACGCCAACGGCAACGGCAACUCGUGUGACUAGAAACUCAAACAAGAGCAAACAAAAGGCGCCAAAGGCAAAGAAGACGCCCAAGGUGCAACGCAAACGGAAACCCGCAGCAGCGAAAGUCCCCGCGGCUGCGGCAAUAGCGAAGCAGGAAGUGAAGUUCACGCCGCUGGAGAUCCGCCGCAAACGCAAUCGAGAGUCCAUGCAGCGUGCAAGACGUCGCCAGCGAGACGACGUGGAGCGGAUGAAGUGCACGCUCCAGCAGCUGGAGAAACACUACCAGGAGCUGAACGAGAAGUCGCAAGCGAGACGUCGACGCGCGAGCAGCAGCAAUAGCAACAACAGCAGCAGUGCUUUGGCGCUGGAGGCGGAUUAUUAUGCGCUGGCGGAUUUAUCGCAUACGCUCAAGGAGGAGAAGUUUUUGCUGGAGCAAAUGCUCGUGGAGAAGCACAAGACCCACCGACGAUUCCAGCAGGUGAUGGUGGAUCGCAAGCAGGAGCUGGAGCUGCAGUGCCCGCUCACCACGGACGACUCGACGCUGUACUCGGACUUUGAAUAUAUCCGCAUGACGGAGGACCAGGCGAACGAACACAUACGCAACUGCUACCAGCAAAUGCGGCUGAUGGAGGAGACGGUGGUCUCGCACUACGAGGUCCCGGAUGGCGACACAUCGGAAGCCGAAUCCCCGAGCUCUCCGACUUCUCCUGGCACUCCGGCACGCCCAAGUAAAGGCAGGCACUGCGUGUUCCCGCCCUCAGCGACGUUCGGGUGGGAAGUUCGUCAUGAAGCGAAUCCAGAUGGGGACUUUUACGUGAGCUUCUCCAAGUUUUUUGCUGGCAUCACACCGCAGGAAGCCAUGAUGGGCAGCUGGACGAGGUACGCCAAGCCCGAGUCGACACCGUUCCGCCGCCAACUGCGCUUUGAGAUCUUGCAGGUCAUCAACGACAGCACGUACAUCGCUGGCUCGGAUAUUGAGCACCCCGUGCAACACGACAAGGUCAUGCGAGUGAUUUUCCUGAACUUCCGCAUGCAAACGGACAAGGGCUUCGUAAUAGGCCGUCACUCCGUGAACCCCACGUCACCUGAAGUUCGCGCGACGGCCGAGAGGGACUCGAACUUUGAGUACGUCGAUAACUCCAACUGGGUGGAAUUUUCUGCUGAAGAGGACGGCAACACCGGGGAGCCUGGGUGUCUGGUCAAGUUCAUCGCACGCACGGAGUACAAUACGCAGGAGGACAUGUACGUUCGUCUCGUCAACUCGAUUUCUCGCACUAUGAUUUGGGAGCAGGCUGUCGUGCCUUCUUCGUCUCUCUCCCUCCUG